AAUGAAGUUUUAUUGCAGCAGAUGAGAUGAAUUUAUCUUGUAAUUAAUUGUUCAGCUUGCUGAAUAUCUUCUGCGGAAACCAGCACAGCCGUCAACUGAUGCUGAUCCUGCUACUGAAUGAUGGUGAAAGAACUCGUGUUGCUUCCAUUUAAUCAGAAAACAAUUAAAGCAGGCUUUGCUUUAUUUGCAGUCAAUUUAAUCUUAUUGUUUUUUCGCAUUGAACUGAUGAUGUUCAGUUAUUUGGUACAGUUUUGGCAAAAAAAAUUUUGGUUAACUGAACUGAAGAUUUCAUACGGUGUCGUUUUGCAGUGAGCCGGACCGAACUGUGUCCGGUUCUUAUUCUAAAUGGUUUGCAUCAGUUACUAAUAAUACAGAACUUCGAUUAUUCAGUUUUGUAUUUCAGAACUGAAUUGCUUGAAUGAAACAAAAUUCAAUAACUGUAUUUUUAUUGUCAACAUAAUCUAAAAUUAUUCUGUUGAAACGCAAUUUCAACCUAACACCAAAUAUUAUUUUAUUGAUUAAAAUAUUUUUAAAGUGAAUCUCAUAUAUUUUAAUCGUGAAAACUAUAAAAUAAAAACAAUGCACAAUUGCUUGUUCUCAGUAAUAUUCAAAAUAAUUUUAACUAUAAUGCAAAUAGGCUCUAGUAAUGGGACCAAGUCUGCAUUGGCCCAAUAAAUGAGCAUUGGGCCGUUUUUAUCAAGUUCGACUUGUGACCGAAUAUAAUAAAUAAAUAUAAUGUCGAUUUGGUACCAAUGUUCUCAAAAAUCCCCAUCUUGUCCUCUUGGCAGGACAAACAAAAUCUUUCCCUCCAAAGCCCAUAACGAUUCACACUUUCGCUCCUUCCUAUUCAAAAAUUUCAAAUUUCUCUCUCUAUCUCUGCAAACAAUUUACCGUGGAAAAUGAGGAUUUCAGAGAUAUCUUCGCCGGACCUCCGGCGAUCCAACCAAGAUGGUCAAUCCAAUCACAAUGAGAAUCACCAUCACCAUCACUUCGUCUCUCAAAUCGAGUCCCUAAUCAAACAGACCGAAAACACCUCUCCUUCCAACCCCCUCCCAGAAGCCAUCUCUUCUGAUCUCCGUCGAAUCCUUUCUGAGCUGAGUCAAUUCGGUCCUUUCCCUAACUCGCUUAAGCUCCAAAUCUGGAAGCUCAGCUAUCGUUUAUGGAAUGCCUGUGUCGACAUUUCCAACGCGGCUUCCAUCAAGCCUUCAUCCUCCGCAUCCAUCACCGAACACCACGCAGUUCUUCGACAUAUCGCAGCCGACAUGCUCUCCCUUGCUGGCGACGUCGUAGGUGUUCCAUCUCCAGCAAUCAAGUCCACCUCGUUCUACUAUAAGACUGGCCUUGUUUGGCAUGAUCUAAGAAAGUUUGAUCUCGCUUCCACUUGCUUUGAAAGAGCUACAGAUAUUGUUUCAAAGAUCGAUAUAGCAAGAAUAUCGGAUUCAGGAGAGAGAAAAUUACUCUUAGAUUUGAACCUCGCGCGAUCUCGAACUGCUUGGGAAGUAUCGGACCGAAAUCUUGCGAUUACGUUAUUAAAUCGGUCAAAAACUCUGCUUUUCGGGUCGUCGGAUCACUACAAGCUGCUAGCAGUUCAGUACUUGUCAUUUGGCAAGAGCGUGUUAUCCAAGAACGAGAGUAAUGCUUUCAGUGAAGCGUUGAAGCUCCUGAACGAAGCUCUAGAUCUAUGCGAGAAGGGAUGCAAUGCAUCGAGAAGACGAGAACAAACAAUGGAGCUCAAGGAAUUGAAGUCCAAAGCACUCCGGUUCAUCUCAGCGGUACACUUGCAAAAAGGAGAGUGUGAGAGUGUGAUUAAAUGCGUUAGGAUAUUGAGAGAAGGCAGUGACGGUGGUGAACAACACGCUAGUCUCCCUGUAUUGGCGAUGAAGGCAUGGUUGGGAUUAGGGAGAUUUGAAGAGGCGGAAAAGGAGCUGAGGGGCAUGGUUGUGAAUAAGGGAAUUCCUGAAAGCGUUUGGGUUUCGGCAGUGGAGGCAUACUUUGAGGCGGCGGGUACAGCAGGGGCGGAGACCACUAAGGGAUUGUUUUUGGGUCUUUUAGGAAGAUGCCACGUAAGCGCUAGCGCCGCAGUUAGGGUUGCUCACAGGGUAACUGGAGAUGGGUUUGGUGGUGGAGAAGGGUCAAGAGUGAGGGCCAAGGUGGUGACGGAACUGGCGUCUGAUGAGAGAGUGCUAGCGCUUUUUGCAGGCGAGGCAGCGGCCAAAGAAAGGAAAGCAAUGCAUGCUGUUCUUUGGAAUUGCGCUUCAGAGCAUUUCAGAUCAAAAGAUUACAAGAUGAGUGCAGAUUUGUUCGAGAAGUCAAUCCUUUACAUUCCACAUGACAUAGAGAACAGAGUUCUCCGAGCCAAGGGCUUUAGAGUUUUGUGUCUCUGCUACCUUGCACUCAAUCAGCUUGAUAGAGCCCUGGAAUACAUCAAUGAAGCUGAAAAGCUUGAACCCAAUACUGCCAGUGCUUUUCUCAAGUUCAAGAUCUUCCUGCAACAAAACAACUAUACCGGUGCUAUCAAUCAGAUACAGGCAAUGAAAACUUGCCUUGAUUUCACUCCAGACUUUCUUUCCCUUUCAGCCCAUGAAGCUAUUGCUUGUCAUGCUCUUUCCGUUGCAGUUGCCUCUUUAUCCAAUCUCCUGAAUUUCUACAACUCAGGAAAUCCCAUGCCAACAACAGAGGUUGAAGUGUUUCGAACUUUAAUCACAAUCCUCUCUAAGGAACCUGAUAAUGAAUCAGAAGUGCUCAAGUUCAUGAAAUGGGCUCAUGCCAGAGCAUCUGAGCUUGGGAAUGAAUGCUUUUUUGGAAAAGGAGAAGUUGGCAGACGAGAACAAAAUUGGUUUGCAGUAACUUCAUGGAAUUUUGGUAUAACUUGUGGGAAGGAGAAGAAGUAUGAAUUAUGUACAGAAUUUUUAAUACUGAUAUCAGAAUUCAGCGCUGGUCUUAUUGAUGGAAAAAUGGAGGAAAACAGUGUUAUGGUCUGUAAAUCACUGAUAUUGACAGUAUCUGCCAUGAUAGCAUCGGAGAAUCAAAAGAAAGUUGCAUUGAUGGACAGUGAAGUUAAACAUGCUGUUCAACUGUUAGAUAAAGCAGGGAAGAUGCUAACUUCAUUGGGAGCUGGAUUUACUGACGAUAAAAUUACUACAAUCGAACCAAAGUUUUACUUCAUGUACACCUUCAAUGCUUAUAAUAUACAUGGAAGACUCGACAAUUCAGGGUCGCAACAACAACUCCACCUUGUAAAGAGUUUUGCCAACUCAAAGGCUUGCAAUCCAAAGUAUCUUCUCCAGAUUGGCCUUAAUGCUUCACAGGGUCCACAGUCUAACCCUGAGGUAGCCAUCUUUGCUCUAAAUGAGUGCCUUUCAGCUCUACUUUCGUCUCCCUCAACAGAUUAUCAAGACAUUGCUCUUAUAGUUCGAACACUAAUUGUUGUAGCAAGCAUUCACAAGGGUGAUUCAGAUGAUGAUGUUGUGUAUAAUAUGUACAAGCAAGCAUAUAGGAUAAUGGUCGGGUUGAAGGAAGGUGAGUAUCCAAUCGAGGAAAGAAAAUGGCUUGCAAUGACUGCAUGGAAUCGAGCAGCAGUGCCAGUGAGGCUGGGGCUUGUUGAUGCUGCAAAAAAAUGGAUGAAUGUUGCACUGGAGCUUACCAGGAAGGUUUUAGGAAUGGAGACUUACAUGGCAUGUAUGGAGGAUUUUGUUGCUGCUUUUGGAAAGAAAUUUCAUUUGCAGAAUAAAGAUUAACAUACUUGCCUACUAGUAUAAUGUGUACAUCUUGUAAAGAUUAUUGACAAUAUAUUGCAGGCAGAAGUACUGAAGAGUACUAUUUGUAUAA